CACAAUUCGAGUAAUUUAAAAGUUUAAAAAUAUAUGUAUAUAUAUAUAUACAUAUAUUUAUAGACAAUUACAUAUUAAAUUUAAGAUUGUGAGUAAACUUUACGUUAGAUUUUAUGCAGUAAAUAAAAGAUUUUGCUUUUUUACAUUUCUUCCAUUUUCUAUAAAUUUUGUAACGCGAUGCAACUUGUACAAUUUCGUUUGUGUCCGUUGAACUCUUACGAAGCUGGGUUUCACUUUCUUCGAUAAGCAGGAUUUACUCGGUCUUAAAUAUAAGCGAAGUAUACUGUGAUCUAAAUUGCAUUCAGUUGAGAGAAUUCAAUACAAGCAAAGAGACAAGGAAAUACUUUAUAUGCUCUACUUAAUACAAACUCUGUGUACGUAAUGUGAUAACGUUCUCUUAAUUGGCAUACAUUAAAAACCAAUUAAAUUCUCUCCAAAAGUAUUCUUCCCAGCUUCUGUAUUAGGUACAACGUUAGUAAGUACAGUUAUAUGGAUUUUGCAAAUUCUAUAUAGCGCGUAGCGACUGAUACAAUUGUAAUCGCGUAACUUUUGAUACAGGAUAAAUAAUAAUAACUUAUUAUAUUUCCUUGGAUGGUGGAUAGCAGUUGAUUAAGGUGCGAGAAACUGUUUGAAAUACAGACAUGAACGUACAGAGGUAGAAAAAGAGGGGGAGUCAAUAUAAAGCAGCUCCAUUCUUUCAGAGGAACGAUAUUAGAGGAGUCAUCGCACUGCGACGAUAGAACAAAGUCUAGUCACACAAAUAAAUUUUGCUUUUUUACAGUUUAUAUAUUUAAAGAAUUUAAACUAAAUUAAAAAAUUUCUCGAAGAAAUUUCUCUACGAAGAAAUCGUUUCCGUUUUAAAAUGUGCGACGACGACGUUGCAGCCCUAGUAGUCGAUAAUGGGUCUGGAAUGUGCAAAGCAGGAUUUGCCGGAGAUGAUGCCCCACGUGCCGUGUUCCCUUCUAUCGUUGGAAGACCUCGAUAUCAGGGAAUCAUGGUUGGUAUGGGGCAGAAAGAUAGUUACGUGGGAGACGAAGCCCAAAGUAAAAGGGGCGUUUUGACAGUAAAGUAUCCGAUCGAGCACGGUAUCGUAACAAAUUGGGACGAUAUGGAAAAGAUAUGGCAUCAUACAUUUUACAACGAACUGAGGAUCGCCCCCGAAGAACAUCCCGUUCUUUUAACGGAGGCACCGUUGAAUCCUAAAGCUAACCGGGAAAAGAUGACACAAAUCAUGUUCGAAACGUUUAAUUCACCCGCGAUGUACGUUGCUAUACAAGCCGUUUUGUCGUUGUACGCUUCGGGGCGCACAACAGGUAUCGUAUUAGAUAGCGGUGAUGGAGUUUCGCAUACGGUGCCGAUUUACGAGGGAUAUGCCUUGCCACACGCAAUUUUGCGUAUGGACUUGGCUGGCCGCGACUUAACGGACUACCUCAUGAAGAUCUUAACCGAAAGAGGAUAUUCGUUUACGACAACAGCGGAGCGUGAAAUCGUCCGAGAUAUUAAGGAAAAAUUAUGUUACGUUGCAUUAGACUUUCAGCAAGAGAUGGCUACCGCUGCCGGAUCUAGUGCCCUGGAAAAGAGCUACGAAUUACCAGACGGUCAGGUAAUUACCAUUGGUAACGAACGUUUCCGGUGCCCAGAAGCGAUGUUCCAGCCCAGUUUUUUGGGCAUGGAAUCUUGCGGGAUACACGAAACCACCUACAACUCGAUCAUGAAAUGCGACGUCGAUAUUCGCAAGGAUCUAUACGCGAAUUCGGUAUUGUCGGGCGGUACCACCAUGUAUCCAGGUAUCGCAGACAGGAUGCAAAAGGAAAUAACGGCAUUGGCACCGUCUACGAUGAAGAUCAAGAUAAUAGCGCCCCCGGAAAGGAAAUACUCGGUCUGGAUCGGUGGCUCGAUCUUGGCCAGCUUGAGCACAUUCCAACAAAUGUGGAUCUCGAAACAAGAGUACGAUGAAUCGGGACCAUCCAUCGUACAUAGAAAAUGUUUCUAAUUGCUUUGUAAUUUAGACACCAACAAAGACCGUACUGUAAUCAUUUUAAUCAACAUUGUCAAAAUCAACAUUGUCUAAACCACAAAAACUGUUUUACUUUAGUAUCCAUUUACGAAAGUUUCGAUGUUUCUAUGGGACGAUUAAUCUUUCGCAUUUAUCAAGACACUCUUUAUGAAAUAACCUUAUUUAUUCCAUAUCUCUUAUUACUAAAGUAUAACUCGCAUUGUGUACAGGGCAUUACGUAAGUGUGACCGGAUCUUACAUGCGCGACGAUCAUUUAAUUCGAUUGAUUCAAUCCAUCAGUUACGGAAUAACCUGUACGAAAAUAGUAAUAAUGUACGUACAUACCAUAGUAUAUAGUAUAGUAUUUAUACACAAUAUAAUAAAUAUAUUAUAUCUCGAUUCAAUCAAGUUAGAAACAUAUACACAUUUAUUUAUACUUGCGUGCGUUGUAUUGUACAUGUAAAUAUACACACGCGCCAUACUCAACGUACACAUACAUACACGUAUGUAUACAGGUCCUACAAGUUAUUUGCACAUACGCGGUGAAAAUCUCUUUCAUUUAACAUUUCUUCAAACAUUACAAUAUUUUUGAACAAUUUGUAUAAUUAGUGAAAAUUAGUAAAUACGUAUCGAUAUCCAAUAUCAACGCAAAUGUGAAACGUGAAAGUAUUCAUAUAUUAUAGAAUGUAUUUUUUUUUAUAAAGUAAAAAACGUACGAUUACAUAUACAUCGUUAUCGUAUAAAUGAAAAAGAAAACAAAAACUAACAUUUAAUUGGAAAGACGUUCCUUUAUUUACAAGUUAUAAUUAUUAUAUUCACCGUGUCUUAACAUCGAGCAUUUCGGUUCAAGAAAUUCUGAUACUUCACAUGGACGGUUGAAUCGAGUAUCACGUCACUGUAGUUACGUGUUAUGAAAUAGAAUUAUACAUAUAACUAAAUGUACACGAAUAACAGAGAUUAGUGCAAUUUGUCGAAUUAUUUAAAUAAAUAUUCACAAUUAAAUGCAAUGGUAAAAUUGACAAAAAAAAAGAAUUAAAAUAGGAGGCGUUUUAGUUGCACGUCACUCUUCCUAUUUGCAUACAAAUAAAAAGGAAUUGAAAAUAUGAGAAACGUAUAAUUUUUAUGAUACUAGAAAGCUAUU